CAACAACACAAACAAUCAAUUCUUAUUCUUCAUCACCUUUGUCUUCUUCUUCCUCAUGGCUGUCUCUCACCGUCUCUUCAAGCUCUUCUCGCCGUUGACGGCCCAAAAGAAUACUCUUUCUUCAUUAUUAAUUAGGUCUCUGUCUUCUUCUUCUCCGCAUGGUCCAUCGCUGGACCCUGAGAUCGAUCUCAAGGAAGCUGCGGCAGAGCUGGAAAAGUCUACCUCUCUUUCGCCCUCUCCGUCUCCUUCCAAAGGUAGAAACUUUCAUUGGGUGUUUCUCGGAUGUCCCGGUGUUGGUAAAGGCACAUACGCAUCUCGUCUCUCGACCCUUCUCGGCGUUCCUCAUAUCGCUACUGGUGAUCUUGUACGCGAAGAGCUUUCCUCUUCUGGUCUCCUCGCCUCUCAGCUAAAGGAGCUUGUUAACCAUGGAAAGUUGGUUCCUGAUGAAUUCAUUAUAAGUCUGUUAUCAAAGCGUCUUGAAGCUGGGAAAGAGAAGGGUGAAUCUGGUUACAUUCUUGAUGGUUUUCCAAGAACCGUGACUCAAGCGGAAAUACUGGAGGGAGUAACUAAUAUUGAUCUGGUGAUCAACUUGAAGUUAAGAGAAGAAGCGUUACUGGCUAAGUGUCUAGGGAGAAGGAUUUGUAGCGAGUGUGGCGCAAACUAUAACGUUGCAUGUAUUGAUAUUAAAGGUGGCGAUGAUGAGGAUGCUAGUCCUAGAAUGUAUAUGCCUCCGCUUCUUCCUCCACCUAACUGUGAGUCAAAGCUUAUAACAAGAGCUGAUGAUACUGAAGAAGUUGUCAAGGAAAGACUCCGUGUUUACCACAAAAUGACUCAACCAGUGGAGGAGUUCUACAGGAAGCGUGGGAAGCUGCUUGAGUUUGAAUUACCAGGUGGAAUCCCACAGUCAUGGCCAAAACUACUUAGAGCGUUACACCUUGAAGAUGAUAAACAGUCUGCAAUAGCCUAGUCUCUAUGUCCCUAUAUUCUUUUGCUCGAGCGAUCCUCCUCGUGCAUAUGCUUAAGAUAGUUAAUAAAAGAGAUACUUGUCUCUAUUAUUGUUACAUCACAAGUGAUGACUACAUUAUAUAGUAAAAUUUUUGUGUGGAUUCUAAGUCCACCAUAGAUAGUUGACAAUGGUUUUCUUUUUAUCUGAAACCAAUGCUUAUCUUUUGCAAUGUUCAUUGAGAAGCAUGAGUUCGGUUCUUGUACAAAAAAAUGUAUUCAAAGUGUUUGGGUGCAACUUGCAAGUGCUUGCACUCUCUUCUUUCAUUAACAAAUCAAUCAAACACGGAUCCAAAAAACAAAACCAUACAUGUCGAUGUGGACUAACGUAUAUGAGCUUUAACCUUGUCGACUCAUCAACAACGCCAUUUAAAUCUUUUGCUUGAUCAUCUCUGUGCAUGUUUAGUCCCAACGGUUGAACCUGAAGCAGCUUCAGAGUUAC